AUGGGCCUCUAUUCAGAUCCCCCGCCCAUGAUGGCCUUUGCAGAGGUCAAGCCCACCUUGCUCGUCUGCUGGUGGAGCACCAUCUUCUGCCUCACCAUCAUCCUCCUCCGCAUCGCCGGUCGCUACAUCCGCUCUGAGCGGCUGUUUAUAGAGGACCGUGUCGUGUCCUUGGCCAUCAUCCCGCUCUUCAUUCGCAUGGGCUGCGUUCACGUCAUUCUCAUCUACGGCACCAACAAUGUUGCACUCGAUAGUUUCGAGCUUUCAGAGGUGAACCUCCACCGCCGUGCUGUGGGCAGCGGCCUCGUCCUUGCCAGUCGCGUCUUCCACGCCGCAACUCUAUGGAUCUUCAAGAUCGCCAUCCUCGAGUUCUUCAAGCGUAUCAGUGAUGCAUUGUCAGAACGCUUCUCACAAGUCGCUCUCAUCGCUAUUCGCUGCUUCCUCGUCGUUACCUUUAUUGCUGUCGUUAUCAGCGACCUGUCCGAGUGCCAUCCUUUUGUGCACUAUUGGCAGGUCGCCCCAGACCCGGGCGGCCAAUGUCGCCAGGGCUUUGCCCAGCUGCUGACCAUGUCUGUCUGCAACGUCUUCACAGACCUCCUGCUAGUCCUUUUCCCCGUCCCGUUCAUCUUCUUCAGCCACCAGUCCGUCAAGCGCAAGGUCCAGCUCAUCCUCCUUUUCUCACUCAGCCUGGGCGUCGUCGGCAUCACGAUUUAUCGCGCCACCCGUGUCAUCCAGGAGCACGGUAACCAGCAGCUGCGCUCCCUGCUCGCUUCUGUCGAGCUUCUCUUUGCCACCGCGGCCGCCAACUCACUUGUUCUGGGCUCUUUUGUCCGUGACCGCGGUGUCAAAAAGAACAAGUUUCGUGCAGGGUCCGUAGUCGACUCCAUGGAGCGCUCCAGCGUCGUUCGCUCCCGCCGCCCAACGGCUAAUCGCCAUUGGGGCAGCGACGAAGACCUUGUGCGCGAUCUGGGCCUUGGAGUCCAGCCCGAGCUGCGCGACGCCCCCGACUCGCUUAUUGGCGAUGACAUUAUGUUUGGCUCACCGGGCGGACGUGCCGUCCGGCCUGCGCCCAUCCUUAAAGUGGACGGCUCGGCCGUCGACCCUCUGCAUCAAGCCCACGACAAUAGCGGCGAAGGCAGCAGCCACAGUGGCGGCGACAGCAGUGUCGGUCAUUGCAACGGCCAUGGCGCUGCGGGCGACUUUGGUUCGUGGCAGUUUCCCGAAAACAGGCGCCGUAGUGCCGCAACGAACAGCGCUCAAAGUGCCCAGAGCGGUUUGAGCGGCCUCAGCGGCCAGAGCGACGACGAUACGCUUCUGGCCCGGGACCCUCUGAGUCCCGCUUCGCGCAACAACUCGACAUUCACGCCGCGCAAGGUGGCUUUCUUUGAUGCGGGCAACCUCCUGGGCGGCGACAGUGGCAGCGGUGACAACGAGUCUGAGCCAGAUACGGCCCGGAUCAGUACGGCCGGCGGCGUCCGCUCGCCUACCAGCAUUGGUGGGGGUGUUAUGCGCUCAUCCACGGACAGCGUGCCGCCGUCGCCCGCCCACACGGCGAGUGGGCGUGGCUUCCGGCGCGGCUCGACAGCUCUGCUGCAAGAUCUUGGUGGCCUGCUCGGGCCCCCGACCUCGCGGAACCGGCAGCGAUCCGAUGGCCACUCUCCGACGCUCCAGACGCUACCCCAGGGUACGCCGAUGCAAAUGCCGCCGUCGCCUCUGUCCUCGUCGCAGUCGCCUACUCAGUCGGGUCAUGCAACGCCAUCCAACUUGGACAACCUGACGUUGAUGGACCCAGGCGGCUUGCUCAGCAGCCCGGGUCCGCACCGCAGGGUGUAG